GUUCGAAAGAGUUUUAUGGGGAAAGGGAAGCAGGACGCAUGCUUCUUUCCUUAAUGUCGAGCCGGCUCGAGGGAUCACCAGUGUUGCACGGUGUGUUCAGUGGCUCGCGUUAGAAUCUCCGCUGAUCGCUUCUGGUGGAAUCGCGUGCGAAUUCCGUUUUCCGACUUCCGUCAGCCGCGGCGCACCGACGGAGCUAUCUAUACUUGUUGUGGAUUCUCUGUAUUUGCGAUGAUAAUUUGAGCCAUUUACUCCACUUGGUCCAAUCCAGUCAUUUACUCCAAUAGUGCUAUAUUUGUACUACUACAAGGUGAACGUGUUCUAAUUAUUUAACGAGACACGGUUGACUCGUACUUAAAAAAACUAUGGAUGAUGAGGUGAUUGGUGGAGGCCAGAAUAACAAGAGAUCAGCAAUGACUCUAAACGUUAGUGGAUUGUGGGACGUGGUCCCGCGAUUGGAUCAUUACAGAUUGAGUCGUCGUGCUAAAAGGCCAUCACUGAGCACCCUACACGAAGGAAAUCUUAUAAAGGACCCGAACGUGGAGGCUGGCCAGAUCGGUGUAGCGCAGCAAGGUCACACAGGAAUAAAGCUAGGAUGGAUACAAGGCGUUCUGAUACCGUGCCUGCUCAAUAUAUGGGGUGUGAUGCUUUUCCUGCGACUGUCGUGGGUGGUGGCACAGGCGGGCAUACUGCAGAGCAUCAUCAUUAUCGGGAUAUCGGCGGCCGUCUGCGUCAUCACGACGCUUAGCCUUAGCGCAAUUAGUACUAAUGGGGAAGUAAAGGGAGGUGGUAUAUACUUCAUCAUAUCGAGAACACUGGGGGCGGAAUUCGGUGCUUCGGUGGGGAUCGUUUUCGCGGUUGCGAACGCGGUCUCGGCAUCCAUGAACACCAUCGGUUUCUGCGACUCCCUGAACGACUUGUUGCGAGAGCACAACUUGAAAAUCAUUGACAACGGGAUAAACGACGUCCGACUCAUUGGAACAGUCGCGUUGAUUGUUAUGAUCAUGAUCUGCGCGAUUGGCAUGGAAUGGGAGUCAAAGGCUCAAAAUUUCCUCAUAGCCAUCAUCAUCGCAGCUAUUUUCGAUUUUGUCAUCGGUACUAUCAUAGGACCGAAGUAUCCACUGCAACAAGCACAAGGAUUCCUUGGAUUCUCUUCUGAAGUAUUUUCGAACAAUUUCGGCCCGGACUAUCGUUUCUCCGAGAACAACAACCAUACGUUCUUCUCCGUGUUCGCCAUUUUCUUUCCAUCUGUGACCGGGAUUCAGGCUGGCGCCAACAUCUCCGGCGAUUUGAAGGACCCGGCGAGUAGCAUACCGAUCGGGACUCUUCUUGCACUGCUAAUCUCAAUGGUCAGUUAUGUCACUUUUGUUCUCUUCGCUGGUGGGGCAGCUCUAAGGGAUGCCAGCGGCUUUGUCGACGCAAACAAUACCAUCAUAAGCUGUAUGCCGAACGUCAACUGCACUUACGGAUUACACAACAGUUACUCGGUCAUGCAGCUUAUGUCGGUGUGGGGCCCGUUCAUCUACGCCGGCUGUUUCGCGGCAACCCUCUCGACAGCGUUGACGAACUUGCUGUCGGUGCCGCGGCUGAUACAAGCGCUGGGACGAGACAGAAUUUACCCCGGUCUGAUUUACUUUAGCAAAGGUUACGGGAAACACGGUGAACCUUAUCGCGGCUACGUUCUCACGUUCUUCGUCGCGGUGCUGUUCCUUCUUAUAGCGAACUUGAACGCAGUCGCGCCUCUGAUCUCCAACUUUUAUUUAGCAUCGUACGCGUUGAUUAACUUCUGCACGUUUCACGCGGCGCUUAUUCGCCCUCUCGGGUGGCGACCUACUUUCCGAUAUUACAACACCUGGCUGUCUUUGUCCGGUUUCAUCACGUGCGUGUCGAUAAUGUUCCUCAUCGACUGGGUGACUUCGCUCGUCACGUUCGUCAUUAUCUUCGCGUUGUACUUGAUCGUGGUGUAUCGGAAACCAGACGUGAACUGGGGUAGCAGCACGCAGGCACAGACGUACAAGACUGCGCUUUCUAUCGUUUAUCGAUUGAAUUCCAUCGACGAACAUGUCAAAAAUUAUGCACCUCAAAUUUUGGCACUGAGCGGAGCCCCUGGCGCCAGGCCAGCGUUGCUGCAUCUGGCAAAUCUCAUCACGAAAAACCACUCGCUGUUGAUUUCCGGCGAAAUAUACCCGACUCGUUUGUCGUAUCGUUUACGAUCGAUGCGGCUGAGAAAUGGUUACGCGUGGUUACACCAGCAACGUAUUAAGUCGUUCUACCACGUGGUGGAGGACUUGAACUUCGAACGAGGUGCGUCGGCGUUGAUGCAGGCAACAGGUGUCGGGAAACUGGCACCGAACGUCGUUCUAAUGGGCUACAAAACACACUGGUCAACGUGCAACCACAAGGACCUUCAAGAAUACUUCAACGUCCUUCACAACGCGUUCGAUCAGAAAUUAGCGGUGGCAAUGUUACGAAUUGCGGAGGGCUUGGAUUGUUGUGAAGUUGCGACCGCGAACGGGGACGACGAACAUGGCGUCUUGGCGCAAAGUAGCUACGACCUAACAGUGAACACUCUGAUGCACGUGGACAGCAAUCUGUCCAUGUCCAGCCAAAUUCCAAGAGUUCAAAGCGUGCCGACAAUGGGAACUCAAUUCGUGCCGGUGGAUGGUCCACAAAUCAUUCGGGAUUCGCCUACUCACGGAAGUGCCCGCGAUCAUUUGAAGCACAAACGGAAGCACGCGAUAGAAAAGUUAAUGGAAAAGCGGCAUGCAAUGACACCUGUACCUGAACGCUUAGCAAUCUUCCAAAGGAAGCAUAAAAAUGGCACAAUUGAUGUAUGGUGGUUGUAUGAUGAUGGAGGUCUGACGAUCCUUCUUCCAUAUAUUAUCAGCACACGCUCGUAUUGGGAGCACUGUAAGAUGCGAAUUUUCGCGUUGGCCAAUCACAAACAGGAUAUCGUGGCACAAGAAAAAGAAAUGGCCGAGAUAAUGGCAAAAUUCAGGAUAAGAUAUACCAGUCUGAAGAUGGUAGACGACAUAAGCGUUCAGCCGAAGCAAGAGACGCUGGAUUUCUUCGAUAAACUUAUAUCUGAUUUUCGGAGAAACGAGCCUGCUGACACAGAAUGCUGCGUGACGGAACUGGAACUUCAGUCUUUGAAAGACAAGACGUACCGGCAGCUCAGACUGCGGGAACUGUUAUUAGAAAACUCCAAUCAAUCCACGUUGGUUGUGAUGUCGUUGCCAAUGCCGAGGAAGGGAGCGGUCUCAGCCCCGCUUUACAUGGCCUGGUUGGAAGCUUUAACCAAAGACAUGCCGCCGACGCUUUUGAUACGCGGGAACCACACUUCGGUGUUAACGUUUUACUCGUAGUUUCACCGACGACUCGAACGACGACGAUAAUUUUACGGGUUAGAUGAAUAAUUUACGUUGAACAAGCAUCGCGAGUCUACAUUAGUUAGCGAAAGACAUCUCCUGAUGCGGACAGACAGUAUUCGGUAUAUUCAUGCCAAAAAUCGUGUAGAUACUGCGAUCUGUUUUCGUUUUUUUUUUUUUUUUUUAUACAGUAUUCAUGAAACGUCGAGCCCCGGUGGUACUUACUGACAAGAUUACUUUUAGCGUAGAAAUGAAAGACAACAGUAUAAAAAGGGAGCUGUCAAUGAACGAUGGUUUCGUAAACUUUGAUAUUUGUAGGAUUUUAGGGCAUGCUA